AUGCUUCACCUUGCAGUGCUCCUUUCGUUGGGAUGUUUAGCCAGCGGAGGCGUCAUCAACACGCUGGAUGUCAACGAUUUUCACCGCUCCAGAGUUCAAGGCCUAAAUCCUGGAGAGGAACUUCAAAUUGAGCUGCAAUUGCACCCCGAUGCGGAAAUUCUCCUCCGUGGAAAUGCGACUGCAGCCGCCUACAAAGACAGCGCUUUACUGCUCAAUUUGACUAUCAACCGGAAUGAAGGGGCGACCCUAGCUAUUGGGGGUAAGCGCCAUUGACAGUAGCCUAGUCUGUUUGUAGAUACGGUAAGAAAAACAGAAUUGCUGCUCCUUGAGGAGAAAGUCGAGGUAAGAUUGAGCCGAAAGCAGGGCGAUACAUUUCGUAUCAUAAUUGACGGCAAUACGUUCUACGAAGGAUCAGCCGAUUUUGCCAGUUUAACGAGAUACGUGCACGUACACGGCGAUGUACUUGUCACUCGCUUCAGCGCGCAAGAAGCGACAAGAUUAGCAGUCGUUAAUAAUGUCGCUAAGAUCGACUUGGAUGUAGGUAAGGAACCGAAGAAAAUUAAGGCUGUCUGGGAAGAAAAUCUUCUGUGAAUUGCUUGUGUUUUCUGCUAAAGAUGAGAGAUAAAAUACUGUCAUUUAUUAUGUUACAGGCGAUGUUUUGUCCCUCGGCUUCAGCAGUACUUACGUGCGUUUGGCUCUGCUCGAUAAUCGGGACAACCAGAACCUCUAUCUGUCUACCGGCAGUUAUUUCAACCUUUACAAAAAUGCAGGAAAAGAAUACACGGAUCAUGAGUAUUUUUCCUAUACACCCCAGUCUGGCAGCACAGCGGUAAUCUUCGCGAAUAAACCACAAGGCCUUCAAGUUUUUGUCAACAGAGCGGGUUACUUAUGGAAGCACAAUUACAAUGCGGCUAGUACGGCUUACCAGCGACUUUACAUUGAUCCGGCGUACUUACCCUACUUCCAGAACAACUCUAUUACAAGAAAACCAAAGCCAUAA